AUGGCCUCCGCGGGUCCAUACACGCCUUCGUCAGCACACUCAGGCCCGUUUCCUCCCGCACCUACUGCCCCAGAUACGCCUACCUCCGUAUCGCCCGUCCAGCAACCAUUUGGCGCCAACGCUUCCAAGAAUCAAGCUUCGCACACUCGCCACAUCUCCUUCGACCCGGGCCUUCCUUCUCCUGCCGCUGCGCACACGCCCAAACUGCCCGCGUUUAAGCUUGGCCCAAGACUUUCGCCUCCGCCGCUUACAGGUAGAGCUGCCAUGGCCGACGAGCGAAGACUGCGGGAACAGAGGGAAAGAGAGACGUCCCGUCAGAUUUCGCCAAACCCCGCCAUCAGCGCCCUGACGUCUUUGCUGGGCGUCAACGACAUGACCAAGGCCCGAGAUGCGCCACCCGCGGCCACUACCCUUAGUGAGCCGCUUGCCCAGGCCGCUAAAAAGAUAUCCAUUCCAGACUCGGGCACUGGUGGUGAGAAUAUGCAAACGAGUCCAGUAAGUGUAUCUAGCUUUGGCUCUUUGGACAGCACAACCGCACCGACUGCGACGGCCGGCGCCACCGACACCGCGCCCGCCGGCCAUUUCGGCGCCGGAGGCAUGCCCGUCGCCGACGCGCCAAGCAACGGGGGGGCCCCGGCGCAUCAUGGGCCUUCCCCCGGCGACGGCUUCGGCCAAGCCAGUCGAUCACAGACCUUUCCGGCUCCGGCGCCGGCAGAGCUGGAUCCGCGGGCGCCGGCGCGGGUGCUUAGCAUGCCCAUGUCUGGAUACAACCAGAACAGCAGUCCUAGGUCUCCCAACACGAAGCGACACAAGUGCCCGUACUGCUCCACGGACUUCACCCGCCACCACAACCUUAAAAGCCACCUUCUUACCCACAGUCAGGAGAAGCCCUACGAAUGUCCGACCUGUCAAGCGCGAUUUCGCCGUUUGCACGACUUGAAACGCCACACGAAGCUCCACACUGGCGAGAGGCCGCACACGUGCCCCAAGUGCGGCCGCAAGUUCGCCCGUGGCGACGCGCUGGCGAGGCACAACAAGGGCCAAGGAGGCUGCGCCGGUCGCCGGUCCAGCUUCGGAAUGGACGACGAUGGCGACGGCAAGGGCGAAGAUGGCAUGGACGGGCUGGUGUACCACGGCGGGGACGCUGCAGACGAUGACCGGAUGGACGAGGACGGGCCGGGCGGCAGGAGAGUGAGCGAGCCGAGCAAGGGCCGGCAAGGGUCUCAUUCGUCGUACCAUCAGCACUCGAGCACGUACCCUCCGAUUGCAGGUCGCGGGAUGAGCGGCAGCAGCGUCCGGGGGUCCAUGUUCCCUCCCGGGACCGGCACCGGCGGGUCGGGUCCGUCUCGAGAUCCAUCCGGCCACCCGAGCCCGAAGGCGGUCGGCUCCAGCCUCUCUUCGAUGCACUACCCUGGCCAAACUCCCUCGGUUUUUGCCCAAGGCAGCAUGACCGAAUCCCCCAAGCCCAUCUCCCCUGGCCAGAUGGAGCCGCAGCAUCGCCAAGGGGCCAUAGAGGGGGCGAGCGUGCCUGGCGGGCGCUCUCCAAGCAUGUCCGGACCAGCCCAUCCGCAACAACAGUAUCAGAGUGGGGCCGGCACAGGUUCGUCUCCAAUGGGCCUGCGCCCACCCGUAGCCAAUUCGCAUGCACCUCAGUUGCCCUCUCUUCCUGGCUUGUCGUCUAACAUAAGGAUGCCGAUAGAGAACAAGCUGGGUGCGCAGGGUGCGAAGCAAAACGCGCAAGCCAGUCACGCCCUCGGCCCAAGUAUGCUGCAGCAGCAGGUGUCCGGCCCCGGCAGUGCCUCAACCGUCGGCAGCCUUUCGAGCCAUGGCCAGAGCAGCGGCGGCAGCAUGCGCGAGUACUUUGGCGGCCGUGAGACGGACAUCUGGAGCUAUCUGCGAGAUAUUGAAGCACGCAUGACACAGGCUCAAGAGGAAUCCAAUAGACGCAUCGCCGGCUUGCAAGAUGAGGUUGCCCAAUUGCGCGCUCAGCUGCAACAACACCAGCAGCACCAACAGCAACAGCAACAAGCGCCACAAAGCCGUUAA